UGAUGAUGAGUUAGAGAGAAGAAGGAAGCAGCAGCGGGGGGAGGGACAGAGAGAAGGGGUGAGGCUCUGAGCGUCACCUUUACGUGAAACGAACACCUGUUGCCCGGUGGGCAGAAGGAGACGCUCAAGAAGAGAAAGAAAACGCUCGUAUUACAGCCGGACUGGGACCCUCUCCUGUUUUUGUUUAAAUGAACAAGACGCUCUUUCUACUCUGUUUCAAACUGUCGCUCCAGUUGGACUGAAGGAAAAAUGCAGAGGAUUUGUUUUUAAAGGGAAAUCCAGCAACAAGAGUGAACAGGCUGCAGGUUGUGUGAGUGACAGCUAUGGGGUCAGGAAGAUCAUACCGGCAGACUUUCACUGCAGUUGUAGUCAUUUGCCACUUUUUAACAACGGAAGGCAUCAAGUCAGAAGUUCGUGGAAAGGUUGGAAACUCAGUGGAACUGGAGUGCAGUUUCCUUCCACCAGAGAUGCAGUUUGCCUCGUCUGCAUCCCCUCAUGUGGUGGAAUGGGUCCGACAAGGGCUUGAAAUUCCUGUCCUGAUUCAGUAUGGAUCCUACCCAGCACAUAUACAUCCACAUUUUGAAGGGCGAGUAUCUCUGGGGAGAACCACCAACCUGAGGCUGGAGCGCCUGCAGCUGGAUGACCAGGGCCUGUACGACUGUCGAAUACUUGUGCUUGACAAACCUGCAGAGGAAGUGCAGAGCAGUAACUGGACCCUGCUUUCUGUGACAGCCCCACCCAGCUUCACUAAAGCUCCACCCCCUGUUGUCCAGGCCUUGGUGGGAAGUCUCCUGUCUCUCGAUUGUGCUGCUAAUGGAAACCCUGCACCAACCAUCACAUGGCUAAAAGAUGGCAGUGUCAUCCCCAGUAUAAACUAUCAGGGAGGAGCCUUAUCUCUGCCAGCAGUGACCACACAAUCAGCAGGACUGUACGCCUGCCACGCCUCCAACUCUGAGGGAAACGUGAGCUGCGUGACAACCGUGAAGAUCAAAGGUCCACCUGUUAUCAUUGUUUCUCCUGAAAACACAACCCUCAACAUGUCCCAGAAUGCAUUGCUGCAGUGCCAGGCAAAGUCUGACCCGCCUAACAUGACCUACGUGUGGCAGAAAGGUGGUGAGAACGUCCAUCACAUAGAGUCUCUGAAGUCACGUGUAAGGAUCCAGGUGGAUGGAACUCUGCACAUCUCCCGCUUAGUGCCAGAAGACUCUGGAAACUAUACCUGCAUCCCGACCAAUGGGCUGCUAACUCCACCUACUGCCUCGGCCAUCCUAACAGUUAUGCAUCCAGCCAAGGCUCUUCCAGUGCCCCAGGAAACAUACCUUCCCACAGGUAUGGGUGGUGUGAUCCCCUGCCCGGUGGCAGCUCAGCCUCCGCUGCUCCAUGUGAACUGGAUAAAAGACGGAGAGCCUCUGGAUCUUUCCAUGUAUCCGGGGUGGACUUUAAAAACUGAUGGCUCCUUGGUAAUGGCAACUGUCAAUGAGGAUGCUGAAGGGACCUACACGUGUACUCCAUACAACAGUUAUGGUAGCAUGGGGCCGUCUGGGCCCACCCGUGUGAUUCUACAGGACCCCCCAUCAUUCAGCAUCACUCCAGAGAAGGUAUACAGGCUGGAUGCUGGGAGAAGGCUGCUGAUCCCCUGCCAAGGAAACACAGAUGCGACAGCUAAAGUGACUUGGAGCAAGGUUGACCCGGUUCGUCCUAUUUCUUACUCCAUCGAACCCAAUGGCUCUUUGCUGCUGCAGCCUCUUCUAAAGGACCACCAGGGGGAGUGGGAGUGCAGCAUCUCCAACCGUGUAGCCUCCAUAAAGACCCGCACACAGGUCUUUGUUCUGGGAACCAGUCCCCAUGCGGCUACUUCGUUGUCCGUCUCUCCAGGGGUGAAGCAGGCCAACUUAUCCUGGGAGGCAGGCUUUGAUGGAGGAUCAACGCAGACAUUUUCAGUUUGGGUAAAGAAGGUUUCUACCAGCGACGAUGAAGAAAAGCAGGACUGGAUUACCAUGACUGUUCCCUCCUCCUCUGGCACUAGCUUUCAGGUGUUUCACCUGUCUCCUGCCACCAACUACCAGUUUAGCGUCAUGUCUCAGAAUUUGUUUGGAGCAGGACCCUUCAGUGAGAUUGCCACGUCAAGGACUUUGGAUCCUCCAGGGAGGAGUAAUAAACCAAAGCCCCCCACGUCGCUGUCAGCUAAUCAGAGCUCAGCGGGUGUUAUUCUGCAGUGGUCCCUUCCUGAAGCUCAGCAGCCUCCCAUCACAGGCUUUGUCCUCCAAUCACGCUCUGCAGAAGAGGAGUGGUUUAAUCUGAAGGAGAACAUCAGUGCCAACAGCAGCCAAAUACUGGUUGUGGGUCUACAGAAGGAACGCGUGUAUGAGCUGCGGAUGCUUUCUCGUCGGGGGGAGCUGCUGAGUGAGCCCAGUCCAUCAGUCAAUGUCUCCACCACAGAUAUGGAGAGCUAUGCAGCUGACUCACGAAUCCUGGAGUUUGUUCCAGAACCAUUACUGGCCGGUAUUCUUGCUGGGAUGGGCUUUAUGUUACUUGCAAUGGUCUUGUUGCUUGGUUCUGCCUGUGUAGUCAGCCGCAGGAGAGACCAGCGCCGCAGAAAGAAAGAUAAUGAGCCCCUUCCUGCCAUCUAUAAGUGUUCCCCAUCAAUGAAGACUUCAGGCUCCAAUACUCCAGACAGUUUGUUGAAGAAAAGCCUCCUGCCAGCCAGCUCUAACCUCUACCCCACAAUGUCUUCCACCACCUCCUCCUCACAGACAGACUGCUCCUCGUUGAGGACAGAUAACAAUCGCCAACGCAAGAAUCUUGAGUCCUUCUACAGUAGAGGCAGUCUUACUAAGACAACUUCUUUGUUUUCUCCCUCCAUUGAGUUAAUCUCUAGAGGUCCAGAUGGUCGGUUCACUCUCAGUGACUAUGACACAAUAAGUGUUGAUAGCAAAAGGAUUUCCAGAAUCAGAAGAUCUGUAUCGCUUCACUUAGAAAAGGAGGAAAAGAAAGAAGUACCAUAUGUGCUCUCUGUUGAUGUGCCUCCUUUUACACCUGAAGGGGAUUCAGCUCAAAUUUGCAGCAUGGGCCAUCUCCCACCACUUAAGGAAAGCUAUGUGGGUUCUCCUGAUGAGGGCAGCCUGUACUCAAACAGCAGUCUUGGCUCCUUGCCUCGUCUGACUAGAGGGCUACCUUCAGUAUUUCCUGUGCUCCCACAUCUCCGGGCCAACCUCAGCCAGCCAUCGACAACUGCUAGCACUCUUGUUCUCCAAAUGGAACAUGAACGUGAGACCGGAAACCUGAGUCGAUGCCUGAGCUUGGCUCAAGAGAGAAAGAAACUGGAAAGAGAGCUAAGGAGGUAUACGCUAGAGAGAAACUCCUUUAAAGGCAAGACAGGUCAAACAGAAACCAACAACAUGGAGGAAAGUGAUGGGAUGCUCAUGUGGGAAUACAAAAGCAAGACCUUGCCCAACAGCUAUCGACAAGGUAGCAAGGAGAGAUCUAGCCACCUUACAUCUUCCUCAGAAAACUGGGAACCCCAUCUUUUUGAUUCCAAAUUAAAUUUGAAUCCAUUUAGGGAGCAUAUGAGCAAAUCUCCACCUUUAUGUCCCACUUUGUCUCCUUAUUCUUCUGAAUCAAACCCAUUGCUUCAACUCAACGGGGCAAGAAAUUCCUUAGGUGAAAGAUCAACCCCUCCUCAUCAGAGAGGUAAAAUAAUAGAUACAAUACAGAGAUCUGGCAUUCCAAGACGAUUCACAUCCUAUGACCACCAAACAAUGGAUGAAUUCUUUAAACCACAAAAGGAAAAGAAUCGUAGUAUUGACACAUUUUUUCACAGCAAUAAAGCCUCUCUAGAUACAGUACCAUAUUCUAAGAGACCAAUAGAAAUGCUUGCUGAACCUACUAGCAAAGAGUUGUGUGUUGAAAUGAGUGUAGAUGAGCCAGAGUUUGAAGGGCCAACGUUGCAACCUACAAAGCCCAUGCUACACCACAGAACUGCUUCUCAUGUUCAACACGGCUGCUCACUGUCUCAAACAAGAAGGCAUCAAGACAUGAGGAGGAGCACCAGCUUUAAUUGCAGCAGAAAUGCUUCUGUAGACAGCUUUGACAGAGCCCGUUAUUCUCAGCAACUUUCAGAAACAGAGUUCUGGAAAGCUAGGCACCAAGGUUCAAGAACUUUAGACCGCAAGCAGCGGAGUCAGAGUCUGGACUUGAGGAGACAGAAGAAAUCCUCUUUUCUCACACCAACUGCAUGGAUAGAUUCACUAAGCCAAGAGAACUGUUCAGUUAAAUAUUCUCAAACUGAACCUGAAUUCUCACCUGCUGAGGGAUAUAUUUCUAAAAGUCAUAGUCCACAGGUUCUGACUCCAAAUCCUGACGUGCCUUACUAUUGCCAACCUUCCCCUUCAGCUGAAACUGCAAACAAUCAGACUGCCUAUCAGGAAACAACAAAAUCACCAGGUUUUGUUGUCAGUUUGAAGCAAGUAUCCACAUACUUGCCACCCGUCACCAAUGAUUUAGAUGCACUGGAAGUGGAGACAACAAGCUACGAGGGAGUGCCAGAUUCUGGCGGAAGUUACAGCAGUUAUGCAAGCAGUGGCCGAGGCAGCAUGGAGACUACCAAUGGGCGCCUCUCUUCAUGUGCCCUGUCCCCAACUCUUACACAUCCACUUGAGACUGCAGAAGACACCCAGCGGAGGUCAGAGGACAAGGAAAAUGGCCAAACUGAACCAGGGCGAAGAAGACAGCUCUCAGUAGAUGAGAAUUAUGAAUGGGAUGCUGCAGAUAUCUGCUCACAGCCCGGAGAAGAGAAUGGCAUUCUUCCAACUCUGAAUCCACUGAAGCCUGCUGCAAACCGGAGUCUUCCCAGCAUGCAGCGCUUUAAGAAGGCAGAGAAAUGUUCUUCUAAGCUUUCUUCGCUCCCGGGGCAUCAAAGCAGAUGCUCUGCUGAGCCAGAACCAGAUGCCGUGCUGUUCUGACAGCUUCUCCACUCGCCUCAUCUCACCUGGUGUGUCCUUUCACACCUCCGCUAAGAUCACCGGGUGACAAAAGCUCCUGCUGAAGAAAGUGAGCUUUUCUGUGAUCAAGAUCAUCCUUUCUUUUUUUUUUUGUAGUGGGGAAAAAAGAUGACAACCAAUGAACAGAAGUUUUUGGGGUUUGUUUUGUCUUUUUCGCAAGGCUUCACAAAUUCAUCUCAGUUUUAACACUUUCUUUUCAGAUUAUAUAUCUCUCAAUCCAUUGACUGAUUAGAUUACUGACUGUAUUCAUCCAGUGGAGAUCUUUAUUUCACAUCUGGUCUUUGCAAUGGUCCUGAUACAAAUGCACUGUUCAGAAUGGGAGAGCAUCAGAAGUAAUGUGCUUACUUAAAAGACAUGAAAGGAUUUGCUUUUCUACAUGCUUAGUUUAAAAAUGAUUAAUUAUAUUAUAAAAUGUGAUUACUUUAGCAUACAUAGCAAGCUGGGAAACAGUAUUACAGCAGCUUUAUUCUGAUAUGUGGAAGAAAAAGGGGUUGUCUUUGUUUUGUUGCCCAAAUCUGCAUCUGCCUUGAUCUUUAAACCUUAGGCUGUGUAUUGUGGUGUGAGCUGAAUGAAUCAUCACACCGCUAUCAUCCAGGAAGGAAUCAGACGUCACAAGUACAUAUUAAUUUUAGUCGUUAUGCUACUAGCUUUUGGUUUAGAUGAUUAGAUAAAAUUGGUUUAAAGGUUAUUUAAUAACACACUUUGAAAUAUAUUUUUUUUAAUGCUGAGUCAUUUAAGAGAUUUAUUUUCUCUGCUCCAGCCAUCCAUCCAUCCUUUCUUCCAAGUUUCACUGCCUGCGACUUACAUUGAGUGUUUAGAGGGUGUAAAUAUGUAUAAAAAAGGAUAAACCAAGGCCCAAAAUCAUUUAACUAUACAUGAUAUUCAUAAGUAUCUGAUUCAUCUGCAGAGGCUAAAUCAAUUUGUGUAAAGUUUAAUUCAUGGAGAUUAUUGUAAAGUGUUUUUAGUAUCUAAAAUAUAAAGCUUUGGUUGUAAUGAGAAGGUUAAGUGCGAGAGGCGUACUGUAAUCCUUCACACAGAGGAGUCUAAGGCUUAUUUCUAAAUAAGUAAUUAUGCUUCACAGGGUUAGCAGAUCUCGGCUUUCUGUUUUACUUAUUUUUAUGUUUUAUAUGUUUCUUAUAAAAAUGUAAAACUAUCAAAAUAAAUAUAUAGAAUAAAUUUUUUUUUAGCUACAGAUUUCUAAGCCAUAAGAUAGGACUUAGAAAGAGAUAUAAGAUAACUGAGAUAUUAAUUUGAUUUAAAAUGUAUAGCUUAUUUUACCAGAUGUGGGAAUUGGGAUGAUAUCGUACUACCAUGAGUCUCCCUGUUGGACGUGGUUAUAAAGCCACAAAAAGGCUGUCAUGAAGACAUCCUGAUCAGACACCUGAGCCACCUCACAUUGAAUCCUUGGGAUACCCUGAGCAGCAACUCUACCCACUCGCUCCAGCUGCUCUUCUUCUAGACUUUUCUGCUGCUGAUUACCUUCCUUCAGAGAAAGCCUGGAGCAACACCCACAUUACUGCAGCCAAAGCUCUGAUUCAUCUGAUCAUAAACAAAACAAAAUCAUUUAAAUCUAGCAUAAUACGUUGGUAGAUGAAGGAAGUGAUUAUUUUAAAGAUAUGUUGAUGCUUUUAUGAUUUUAAAGGUUCAUGUUAUUAUGUUUUUGUGUUUAUUGUCAUUUUCUGACUGGAAUACAUUUGGAAUCCCUUAUUUUAAACUAUGAAACCACUGGCUGCCACAUUGUAAUGUGGUAUUUGAUCUGACUUUAUGAUAAAUCAAACUAUUUUAAAUCAAAGUUGCUUUAUGGCUGUAAAAAAAUAAAGUAUGUUUUUUAUAUUUUGCAA